AUGGAUUUGAUGGGUCUUAAUGGAACAUUAGCUGAUCUAAAUACUACAGUCGCUCCUCAAGAUAAUUAUGAUGUUACUUUCGAUAGUUUAUUUGAUCAACUUGAAGUACUUAAAACAAAUUUUACAAAAUUGAUUUGGGGAUUUGAUCUCAGUGGAAUUAUGAAAACUAAUUCUGGGAAUACUGCAUUAACGGAUAUGUGUGUAGCUAAUAAUGAUAAGAGUUGUAUUCGUAAUUUUGAUACUAAUACCAACUCUACGAUUCUUUCAAAACUCAAUGCCAGUAAUAAAUUUGCUGGAAUAUCAAUUGUAAAUUUAGCAUUUGAUUCAAUUAAUAAUAGCGUAUUAAAAUUUAUAAAAUCUGGAGAUAAUGGAAGUAUCGAAGAUAGACAUCAUUAUCUAGAUCAACCAGUAGUUGCUAUUCCACCAUCACCAUUACAACAAAAUUCAACAUCAUCGUACCACCAUAACAUAUUAUUACAUUAUCCUCUUAUGGGAAAAAAUGAAACAUUGGCAAGUCUUUCCUCUAAAGUAGAUAAAAUAGAAUAUAUUAAACGAGAUACAACUGAUGUUUGUUCUAGUCUAAAUUUUUCAGAUGUUUUAAGUGAUAAUACAAAAAUAUUUGGAUUUUAUGACCCGUUAAAGCCAUUAGAAAAUAAUUAUCCAGUGGUAGAAUUUAUUAAAGAUACUAGAAUUAAUUAUCUUAAUUAUAUUGUUGAUAUCAACAUUCUUAAUAGUUCUGAGACUGACAGAACUAUACAAAAGGAAUUGAAUAAUUUAAGGAAUAACUCUGAUUUGAAGAUAUUAUUUUCAAUUACAUCAUUGGAACUUAAUUCAAUUGAUUUUACUACUAAUCAAAAUCCAAUAAGAACAACGGCAGAAAGAUAUAAUUUUAAUGGGGUCAAUAUUAUUAAGAAAUGUGAAAGUCUUAAUGAUAUAUUAUCAAGUAUUGAUAAAAUGCAUAACUCUAAUUGGAACAUAAAUUUGAUUACAACAUUUACAGUUGACGUAAAUGAUAAGGAAACACCUUCACCUUUAAACA